GACACUCGUACUGGAACUGCUAAGGCCUGUUCUACAACUACAACUACAACUCAAACGACAUUGUCCGAUCAUGCCAGCAGAUCUGGUCGCAAAGGAGCGCUACCAGCGCUACUUAAACACUCACAUAAAGGCCAUCGAUGAACAGUGGAAGGAGCAGUUAUCGUGGUAUCCGCAAAUGCAGGCCUUCCUCUACGGUCGGGUCCCCCAGAUCUACUUGGAGAGCCGUCAGGUGUAUGGGGACGAGCACUUUCUGCGCUACGCCCGUCGCCAUCGCCUGCACCAGAAGCACACGGUGACCAAGCAGGAUGCGGAGCGGAUUCUGUUGGAGCGCCAGGAGAAGCUCGACUCAGAUGCUCUCAAUUGCAAGGCCUCACCCACUGAGAACGGAGAGUACGGCCGCGUCAAGCCCACACGCCAGCACUUUUGCUAGGCUCCAGUUAGUUGCCAUUGAAGUUCCGCCAGUUGAGGUCCCCCAUAUCUAUAUUUGUACAAGAUAUACGAUUAAAAUAUCAUCGCCUGCUGACAAUGCAACUCUCAA